AUGGCGACCCCCGAAGAUUCCGAGCCUUCCAGAGAAAAUAUCGACGUGAGAAAGGAGCUGAGGACGCUUAGACAGCGACGGACGAUCCGACGAAACAGAAUCAAGACUGAGAUCGCCGGUAUUGAAGGUCUGAGCGCCGGAAAUCCGAAGUUCCGCGACGAUCAGAGUCCCGACGUUCUCUUGGAGGUGGUGUCACAGCAUCUCUCACGCGUACGCGAGUUCACCGAGCAGGUUUGUGGGCUGCUUGAUGAUGAAGAUCUGGAGAGAGAGAUCACCGAGUCCGAGGCGUUCGAGGCGGAGAUUGAUGCCGUUAUCGCGAUGAUUUCGGCUGUGGCAAAACGGAGCGCGAAUUCAUCGGCGAGCGCCGAACAGACAUUCUACGGAACACCGCAAGGCGUGCGGCAUGUCCGCUUUCGGCCAGCCUUCGAGUCCACAAUGAUUCCACCGUCGACCAACAGGCAGACUCCCGGGACUCCGAUUUCAAACGACAGUUCGAGCUCGACGAGCGUUCACCGAGCCGCCGAAGAGAACAUCGUCUCAAGACAUCCCGUCGAGAGGGCCGUACCGGCGCCUUCGAAUAGUGCAUUCGCGCCGACACCUGGCACGAUUGCGCGGCUUCCACGCGAGCUGGAUAUAUCGCCUGAAGUGUUUUCCGGCGAGAGACUCAAAUUACGCUCAUUCAUCACGCAGUUCAGGUGCUUCGUGGGCAAGAGACCCGACGCCGCUCCGAUCGAAAAAUUGAUGAUACUUCGUAAAUACCUCCGAGACGGACCGAAAGAUAUCGUCCAAGCCUUGGAGUUAACCGACGCUAAUUACAAAGUUGCCAUGACCCUUCUCGAGAACAACUAUUCCCGGGUUGACACCGAGACUCAAAGGCUACUCGCCGAAUUACGAAACCUACCGAAGAUCGCGAAAGCGUACGACUUCGCGUGUCUGCGAAAGUUCUUGACGUUGAUUCAAGGACACACAGCCAUCCUCACAGCGAAUGGUAUUCCGCUCAUCUCAUACGCUCUGACGUUGAAAUCAUCGAUGGAAUCGGCUAUGCCCCCCCGAAUGCGACAAGAUUUCAAAGAUGAACAGCGUAUGGAAGAGAAGUUCACGCGCUCGUCCGAAACAAUGCCGGAGGGAAGACCCGAUGCGAUAAUCGACAAAACCGUCCUCGAAGUUGAGAAACUGAUGAGAUUCCUUCGUCGGCGAGUACAGGAUCUGGAGGAUAAUAAGUACCUCGAUGCGAUCACAAAUCCGUCCGAGCACAAGAAAUUCGACAGUCAAAGGAAACCGAUGAGGGAACGUCGCCUCGACGCAACAGUAGCGGGAGUUUUGGACAAAUCCCAACGAAGCCGCUUCAAGAUACGUCCAUGCCUAUUUUGUAAAACAGAAGAGCACAAUUCCUCUCACUGUCAAGCUGAGCUUUCGCUCGAGAAACGAAGAGAAAUUCUGCGAGACCAGAAACGAUGCCCCAGCUGCUUCAUGUCAGCUCAUCAAAGUCCGAAGGAUUGCCGCGGCCCGAGAUUCCCGUGCGCCAAAUGCAACUCGAACCAGCAUUAUGCACCGAUGCACCCAAAACCGACACCGGCAGCAAGCGCUGGGAUCGGGGAAGUGUCCGCUGGUCUCGACUCGACGAGCAACGCGCUUCUGUGGACAUCAUCCGCCUACGUAGUAAAUGGGGGACUCAAAAUACCCAUUCGAAUCUUCAUCGACGGAGGUAACUCCAUCAGAGUAAUGCUCCCGUCUCUACGAAGGAUGCUCCGGGAAUCACCCGUUGGCGCCCGAGACCUCAACCUACAGGCCUUCGCGAGCUCGCACUCAAUCAGGGGUGCUCCGGUCUUCAACGUCCGCCUCACGGGACCGUUCGAUAAGAAGGUGAUUGAGAUCUUUGCGCUCGAGCAUGAAUUCGGGAUACAUCCUCCGAACGAUCGGCCACCACGCGUCGCAGAGGCCAUACGCCGAUUCGACGAGUCUCGACCUGUUGCUGACCGAACACUUGUCGAUGGAUGGACAGAGUCGCCCCCGGCUAUCCUUGUUGGAAUGGACCAAAUGCACAAAAUUGUGAAUUGCUUCCAACUGCCCGUAGCUGUCGUCGACAAUAUAGUAGCGCAGCCCAGCCGAUUCGGAUGGCUCAUCGGCGGUCCGACAUCAACCGAAAAUCACGUUGACGCUACAGUGACGGCAGCUCACGUUCUCUGUUGCGCGGCUGCAACGAAAUCCGAUCCACUGCCGAUCACUCCGGCUGCUAAAGCUCUCCAAACCCUAUGGAGUCUCGAGUCUGUGGGCAUAGCGGGACCCCCCUCUGCCACGCAAAUGUCUGCAGACGACGACUCGGCGCUCCGGCAGUUUAGAUCCGGAUUGGAGUUCCGAAACAAUCGAUAUGCCGUAUCGUUCCCGAAACGGGAAACAAUCUGCUUGCUGCCGAGCAACAAGGAGGCGGCACUUAGGAGACUUGAGCGUGAGCUCUCGCAAUUGACGAGGGAACCGGCGAAAUAUCAGCGUUACCAUCAGGAGAUUAUGAAAUUCAUCGACAAAGGCCACGCUGCCGAAACGAAGACGCAUUCUCUCGAAGCCCCCGCGGCCGUUGACGGAACGUACUUCAUGCCGCACCAUGAGGUGAUCACCAGAAAGGGAAACAUUGAAAAGUGGCGGAUCGUUUUCGAUUGUUCAUCGAAGGAAAAGGGAGCCACUUCAUUGAACGAGCACCUACUCCCUGGCCCAAAUCUGAAUCCGCAGUUAGUCUGCUGA